CCAAUCACUAGAUGGCAGUGAGCAACAGCUGUGAGCGAGUGCGCAUGCGACUCUCUUAGCGCUACGUCAGUCUUUCCGCAUUUAAACCUACGUGGCUUUACACACAGUUUGUCACAUUCAGCUGAACAUUACUCCAUCCUUUGAUUAGCCAACACAGCCUCAGCUCAACAUGGAUCAAGUCAUGCAGUUCGUGGAACCUAGCAGGCAGUUCGUCAAGGACUCCAUCAGACUUGUCAAAAGAUGCACAAAACCAGACAGAAAAGAAUUCCAAAAGAUUGCUAUGGCAACAGCGAUAGGAUUCGCCAUCAUGGGCUUCAUUGGAUUCUUUGUCAAACUCAUCCACAUUCCCAUCAACAACAUCAUUGUUGGUGGUUGAAUCUGCUGCAUUGUGAAGCCAUACAGACCCUCGGCUGCCUGAAACGUUGAUGGAUGAUGAACUAACUGUGGACAUUUGUAAAAGAAAAAAUGGUGAUUUAACAUUUAUAUUUGCCUGUGUUAAUAAAACAAAGGUUUCACUA